CAUCACCAGGCUGAACUCAGAUUCACUAAGAUAGAAACAGGAACUUGGUCGGGACUUCCUCCAGCAGGGGGCGCCAGCAGAGACGUUUCAGUUCAUUAAAUGAUCCGUUUUCACAGUAACUCUGUGGUUCGGGUUUGUUUCCAGAAGAGGUCAGAACCUCCUGAUGGGAGCUGAAGCACGGCUCUGACCCAAUCAGAGAGCUGAUAAGAAAACCAGUAUCUACCUCCUGACACCGGAGACAAACCUGCAGCUGCGCCAGGUGGGCGGGGUUAACGCGGCUAAGCCCCGCCCCCCGCAGGAUAAAACCCCUCGCUCCAGUUCCUGGUUCUGCUCCUCCAGAGACCCCAUCCUGCCAGCAUGUUCCCCCCGCUGACGCUCAGCCUGCCCCGCAGCCCGGAGGUCAACACCACGGCGGCCGUGGACUGGACCCAGGUGUACGAAGCCGUCCGGUGGAUCCAGUUGGCCAUGGCCUCCUUCAGCAUUCUUGGUUCCGGCUCCAUCAUCUCCCUGAUUAUUCCCAGACUCGGUCAGACGCCUGAGCUGCAGCCUCUGUUCCAGCUGAGCGUGGCCGACUUGCUGCUUGCCGCCUGCUGGCUGAUCGGCGCCAUCCUCUACUCUCAGCGCUGCGACCAUCUGAGCACGCUCUGCUACAACCUGCACACCGUGGAGCAGAUUCUGUACAUGGCGUCCUUCUUCUUCACCUUGAACUACGUGUGGAACCUUUACACGCUGACCAGAGAGAAGUUCAACAGCUGCUUCAGCGGCUACUCCAUACAGUUUUCCAACAGGGUGUCGCUGAAAGCUAAAAUGAUUGCAGUGUUGUCAAGUCUGGUUCCGGCGCUGCUCAUGGUCCCGGUCUUCGUACAAGGGAACGUCGGCCACUGCCAGGUCAACUUCAGUGAGCCGUACAGGUGUCUGCUGAUGCACACCGGAGCGCUGUUCCUCCUGCCGGGUCGGCAGCAGCUCAGCCGCAGCUGCAGCUUCCUGCACACCUACCAGAUCGGAGUCUUCCUCAGCAGCUUCCUCCUCACCCUGCUGGGCAUCACGGUUCUGGUGGUCAAGGCGCGGUGCGUUUACCGCCGGGCGGUGACCUCCAGCGGUUACCUAGGCAACGAGCAGCGAGCCUUGUUCCGGGUGAUGGACCUGCGGAUGCUGCUGUACCCGUUGGUGUUCGUGUUCUGCUGGGGUCCAGCCGUGGCGCUGGCGUUCCUGCGGGUGGCGAAGCCGUCGACGGGUCACGGUGUGGCGGGCGUCUGCCUCUACAUAUCUGAGGCCUUCACUUCGGCCUCUCAGGGUUUCCUCAACUGUCUGGUGUACGGCUGGACGCGCCUGCACCUCCGCCGCGCCGGCCUGUCCUUCUUCUCCAGAGACGUGGACACGCAGACGCCGCUGCUGCGCUCCCAGCAGACCAGGAACUAUCUCACCUGAGGGGGCGAGCGGCUCAGCAGCGGGUGGGGGUGGGGGCUUUUCUGCUGCUUUCUGCCACAGAGACUCGAGGCGUUAACUUUCGCUUUCCACCGGAGGAAAAACUCCGCGGCUGCAUCUUCCACCUCUGGUCCUGAACCACCGAGGCGAAGAAAGAGGAAGAGGAAGAGUGAAGGAGGGUUGAGAAUGGCUGCUCAGUCGCUGACUUCCUAAGGUCAGCGACCUCUGACCUCAGGAAGUGAAAUCAUCAGUUUGGGCUGAAAUGCUUUUAUUUUGACAUUUUUCAGCUAAUAAAGUUGCUUCAGUGACCAGAAAUCAAGUUUUUAGAAACUGGUUCAAAUUUAGAUUUUUAAUUGUUUCAUUUAUUUUUCAGAUUUUCUUUGUGAAAGUUGGCAGAAUAAAUAAAAAUGACAAUUAUUGAGUUUUAAAGAAAUUAUUGAAAAAAUGUGAAAAAAUCAAUGUAAAAAUCUCAACAAUCAACUGAACAUAAAAUUUCUUCUUUCAUUUUCACUCCUUCACCUUGUUUUUAUGACUUAUUUUAUCUUACUGUUCCUGCUUCCUGCUGUUAUUUUAUUUUAUUAUUUUAACUUUAUUCUCAUUAUAAGUUCAUGUUUAUAAAAUUAUCACUUUAUUUUUGUAAUUUGAAGAAACGUUUGUUACAUUUAUUCUUCAGAUUUUCUUUACAUCUUGUCAUUUUUAUGUUCCAGAAGUAAAAAAAUUAUUGAUGGAAACAGAUUUUAAAAAAUCAAAUAAACUGUAAAAAGUCAAACUGGUUGUUGGUUAAAGAUGAAAAAUGAUCAAUGAUCGGUGAAGAUGGAUAUUAACUGAAAAACAUCGUAAAUUAAACUGGAAACGUUUUUGUUGAUUA